AUGAAAAUUCGAAAUCCAAAAGGGAAAAGAAAAAUAACCUCACUAAACGAACUAUAUGAACUGGAAUAUGUAAAAAAAGAAAAAAAAAAAAAACUAAAACAACUGAGUACAUUUAGAAGGAAAAAGAGUGAAGAACAAGUGGAAGAAACACAUAAAGAAAACAAUAAAAAAAAAGAAAAAGUUAACUACUUAUUACUUGAAGAGUACAAAAAAUUGAAGAAACUCGAGGAGCCGCUUCAAAAAAAGGAUAAAUUAUUAAAUCCCCCGGAGACAAAAAAUAAUUCAGCACAUGCAACUUUUUUGGACAUUUUGAAAAAAAAAGAACAACAAUAUGAGGAAAGUGAUUCUAAAAAUGGACUCAUAAAUGGACGUAUAAAUGGAUGCAUAAAUGGAUGCAUAAAUGGAUGCAAAAAUGGAUGCAAAAAUGGAUGCAAAAAUGGAUGCAAAAAUUCCCAUGUGGGCAGUGCCCAUUCCUGUGGAUACCCUCCUUUAGAUAAUUCCAAAGAGGGAAAAUUUGCCGAAGAAGACAUUGUGAAGAAUAUCCAAAAAAAAAAAAAACCUACAGAAAUGACUUCACACUCUGGAAACACAAAUUUAAAAGCAGAUACACAAAAUAAUGUGGACUAUAUUUAUAUGUCUUUUUUAAUAAAAGCUAUAAAAAAUCAAAGGAAAAGAGAAAGCAAAAGAAGAAGCAAUUUCCAUAUGUCAGACAAUUACGGAUUUGCAAAAAAUGCAAAUCCAUGGGGAAACACACGGGAUGAUAAAAUAGUUAGCAAUCGCGAAGGUUCGAGGCAUAGUAAUAGCCAUGUGGAUCCCAAUUCGAGCCGUUCCAAUUCGCGCAGUUCCAGUUCGAGCCGUUCCAACCAGAAUAACCCCCAUGUGGAAAGAACCGAUCACAAUUUGAGCUACUGCAUCCUGUACAAAGCUAAAAGCAUUUUUAAAAAUUACUCAAACGAGUCAUACAAAUUGUGUGAAAAUAAAAUGGACUAUUUUUUCACCUUUUGCAAAAAUGUAGACGAUAAUUUUAUGCACAAAUUUUUUGAAAAAAAAGUAAAUAGAAUUGAAAAGGCCGAUGAAUUAAGAAAGAAAAAGAAAAACGAAACCAUUGAAGAGUCCUAUGUGACUUCCAAUUUAUUUUUGGAAACCAACAUUUUCAGAGUUCAACAUUCGACAGAGGAUAAUGAAAGAAGAGAAGAAAAAAAAAAAAAAAACACACACGAAUUAUUUACAAACAAAGAUGUCGAAGUGGAUGGAGAGUUUUUUUGCAAUGUCCAAAUUAAACCCUUUUUCUUUUCAACUUAUCAUGAAAGAAAUUACAUAACCAAUUAUCUCUUGCACAUACUUGACACAACCCCACAUUCCAUUCUGCACAGUGAGAACUACUAUAAUCUAUACGAACCUAUAGUCUUGCAUUUGAAAAAUUAUCUUGAAUCCUUUGAACACCCCAUUGCAUACUUUAACAAAGACAUAUACAGAUACCUCAGGGAGUAUUACGAUGGUGGAACAAUGCAGAUUGGAAUUCCAGAAAUUGGGGACUAUGAUCCAAGCGUGCAGCAUAGGGAAAAUGACAAAAAGCCUCCAAUUGACACAAAGUCUCCAAUUGACACAAAGUCUCCAAUUGACACAAAGCCUCCAAUUGACACAAAGCCUCCAAUUGACACAAAGCCUCCAUUUGACAAAAUUUUGAGUAACGAGUGCAAAGAAGAAUCGAAGAAGAAGCAUGAGAACAAAAAAAAAAAAACGUGGGACUUGUCAAAUAUCAUGCAUGAUGAAGAACUUAAGAGCUACUUUCACUAUAUCAAUUCCUAUGUCGAUGUUUUGUACUCGAAUCAAAAUAUUCUGAACAACCAUUUUAUAAGGUUGCUAAAUAGUGUACACUAUUUAAACCACUUAAAGAAAAGGAUGAAAAGAAAAAAAUAUAUAAAAAAAAAAAUUGAAAAAUUAGAAAAAUCACAACACGUGGAAAAAGAAAACGUUCAAAUAAAAGAAGAAUUGUGUGAUGAAAGUUUUGCGAAGCCCAAAAUUCUCAUCCUAUGUGGGCUCAGACACAUAGCCAAAGAGUACAUCGAAUUAAUUAUUAACUUGUUGACCCCUACGGAGAUCAGAAAUAAAAAUAGAUUUAUUGACGAAUAUGAUAUAACCAUAGAUGAAAAAAAAAACAUGAAAGAAAUUUUUUUGAAAAAAAAAAAAAACAUUGAUUAUAUAAAUUUGUAUAAAGGUAAUAACGAUGAUUGUUUCAGGUUAGGGAUUAAGCUACUUGAUGAUGAAAAAAAAAUACAACUCUACAGUCCAUUUUAUGACAGUGAUAUUUUAGUAUGUUCACCCCUAGGUUUGGAUAUAAUAAUCAAGGAAAAUCAUGAAGCUAUGCAUGACAAUAACACUGCUGGUCUAUCAAGUGAUGAAUAUUCUUCCGAUGAAAAUGCAUGGGGAUAUGCAGGAAAAAGUAACAAUCGAAGAAAAAAUAAUCGUACCAAAGAUAAUGCUACUACACACAAGUCUCAAAAAUAUACAAAUCAGAAAAAUAAAAAAAAAAAACUUUACGAAUACGAUUUUUUAUCAUCCAUCGAAAUUUUAGUUAUAGACCAAGCUGAUAUCAUAUUAAUGCAAAAUAUAUUGACAUUAAAAAAUGUGCUCAAUUUUGUGAACAAACCAUUGCUAAGAUGGGGAAAUGCAAAUAUUAACCGAAUCCCCAAAUAUGUAAUAAAUGGAUAUGUGAAGAAUUAUAGACAAACUAUAAUUACUGCCAGUAUAUUAGACACAAAUUUUAUUUCUUUAAUUCAGGGGGGAUGUAAUUACAGGGGGUUCCUAAAACUUUUUAUCGGUGGUGGAGAAAUGGAAACAGAGAAAGGAGACCAAACGGGCAGAGAGAAAGGAGACCAAACGGGCAGAGAGAAAGGAGACCAAACGGGUAGAGAUAAAGAAUUCCAAACGGGUAGAGAUAAAGAAUUCCAAACGGGUAGAGAUAAAGAAAUCCAAACGGAUAUAAAUAAAGGAGUCGAAAAGGAAAUAAAAAUGUGGAACGAAAAACCAAUUGGCAAUGGAAUCGACACAAACCAUCACGGUGGAAGUAAUUUAAAUCCCCUAAGUGGGAACGUCUUGCUAAGCAUAAGAAAUCAUUAUAACACAAAUCAGUAUUUUAAAAAAAUCGAAUGUGAUAACAUUGUCCAAAUGGAAGAGAGCAUCAUACAAUUUUUUUCAACAAACGUAAUUGAUAUCCUGAUGAAUAUUAAGCAGCUCCUUAUUUUUUUACCUACCUAUAUUGAAUACAUUCGAAUAUAUGAAAUUUUAAAAAAAAAUGAUAUUUCUUUUAAAGGUGUUAAUGAAUAUACAAAUGAAAAAAAAAUUGUAAAAAUUCAGAAAUUAUUUAAAUUUGGAAGAAUAAAUAUUCUAUUAGUUACAGGACGUUUAAUGUUUUAUGAAAGGUGCACCUUCAAAGGGGCUAACCAUGUCAUCUUCUUUUCUCCCCCCAAAUUUAUUUUUAUGUAUUAUGAAUUAAUUAAAAAUUUAACACCCUCAUCUAAUUCUUCAUCCAUUUGUUAUUAUACAAAAUAUCACACGUAUGAGUUGGAACGAAUUGUAGGACAAAAACUUGCUGUGCAGUUGAUGAGAGAAAAAUCGGGGAAAAUUACACUCUUUAAGUGA